CUAGACGUUGCGUAACUUACGUAAACGUCGAGUCAACAUGUCGGGAAGCGUUCUGAUGAGAGUUUUGUCUGAUCUAAGCAGAACAUCACAGUUUCUACAUCCGAAUAAGACGAAGUGUGUGACUAUAAGACGACCAAUCUCUGCCAAACUGCAAGGUCAGGUCAGACCACUAGAUGGAGUGAAAGUCUUAGAUCUGACGAGGGUUUUGGCUGGCCCUUUUGCUACUAUGAUAUUGGGAGAUUUGGGAGCCGAGGUGAUCAAGGUUGAGCGACCAGGCUCCGGAGACGACACGAGAGCAUGGGGCCCUCCGUUUGUGGGUGAAGAGAGCGCUUAUUUUCUGAGUGUGAACAGGAACAAAAAGAGCAUUGCUGUUAAUAUUAAAGAUCCACUGGGGACCAAACUUGUAACUGAGCUUGCCAGAGUCUGUGAUGUUCUGGUGGAGAAUUACUUGCCCGGGAAGCUGAAUGAGAUGGGACUCGGGUACGAGGAGUUGAGUAAAGUGGCCCCUCAGCUCAUCUAUUGCUCUAUCACAGGAUAUGGACAGACGGGCCCCGAGUCACACAAGCCUGGAUAUGACUCCAUUGCAUCUGCGGUGUCUGGUAUGAUGCACAUCACUGGUCCUGAGGAUGGAGACCCAGUCAGGCCAGGUGUCGCUAUGACCGAUCUGGCCACUGGUUUAUACACUCAGGGAGCCGUCAUGGCUGCUUUGCUUCAGAGACAGAAAACAGGACGAGGCCUUCAUAUAGACUGCAAUCUUCUGUCUUCACAGGUUGCUUGUCUCACUCACAUCGCUGCCAACUACCUCAACGCUGGUAUCGAAGCCAGACGAUGGGGAACUGCCCACGGGAGCAUUGUCCCUUACCAGGGUUUCAAGACCAAAGAUGGAUAUUUGGUUGUGGCAGCGGGAAACGACCAGCAAUUUAUGAAAGUGUGCAAAGUUUUGAGCAUGAAUGGCCUGGCAGAAAACCCGAAGUACAAAAUCAACAAGUUAAGAGUUCAGCACCGCAAAGAGCUGCUGCAGUUUCUGUCCGAGAGGUUCAUGCAGGAGACGACUGCAGAGUGGUUGAGACGCUUCGAAGGCACCGGUGUCCCCUGUGGCCCUAUCAACAACAUUCAGCAGGUGUUCGCCAACCCUCAGGUUGCUCACAAUGGCCUUAUUUUGGAAAUGGACCACCCAACAUCAGGAAAGAUAGCAGUGCCAGGUCCUGCUGUGCGCUUCAGUAGUUUUGAGUCCAGCAAUCCGAUGCCGCCACCUGUGAUUGGCCAGCACACGGUCCAAGUUCUCAGAGACACACUGGGCUACAGCGAUGAUGCUAUAAACCAUCUGCUAGCCUCUCGGACCGUCACUCAGAACAAGGUGCAGUGAGGGACGUCUCAUUGACUGAGAGAGCAGUCCUGCAGUGAUCGGCCAGCACACGGGAAAGCAAAAAUACUGCCUUCUUUCUCGGCACAGUGGUGAUAAUGUUGUGAUUAAACUGGUGAAUGUCCAUCUGAGAGGAAACGGUGAUUUAAAAAUACUGACGUUAUAACACAGUGUGUCACACGUAAGAAUGUGCACUGCUGAAUGAUUACAGUCUUCAAAUGAUCAAUAAUGUGCAGAUACUUCAUUCACAUCCAGAUUUAGAUCCAUACUGCCUGUUCCAUAAUUCACCCCAAAAUCAAAAGUGAAACAAAUUGUGUAAUAUUAUUGUAUAAAUAAAGUAAAACCUAUUUUUAGAACUAUUACAAUUUUCUUUUUGCAUUGUGAUACCAUUUUGACGUCAUCACCACCAUCCAAUUAUUAAGGAGCCCCUAAAGGGACAUGGUGAUAGAAAAAAAAUUAGAGGUGGGAGGAAAAAUAAUUUGUACAUUUGUUUGCGAGCUCUCACAAAAAUGAUGCAUUCCCUCAAGAAACUUUUCUCUCUUAAAGAUAUCGGAGUAACUGAACAUGCUACAUUGUGAAUGUACAGAUCUGUAUGAACCACUCCAAGCUAUAAAGUAAACAGGAAGAAUUUGUUCGAACUCUGCAGGUUUCGCGACGGAAUGCAAAUAUCUUUGCGAGAGAAUGCAAAAGGUGUGCGAGGGACAAAAAAUUUUUUCACCAUGCACAUUUUUAAGCAAACAUUUCUCUUUUUUUAUUUAGUAAGUUUUAUUAUUUGUUUAUUAUUAUUAUUUUGUGGUUAAUUAUGACUCAGACAUUUAAUUGUGAGAUUCACCCAUACCACUAUAAUAAUAAAUACACGACUGAUUACUACUGUAAUAAAAGGCAGCCAUUUCAUACGUGGCACAAGCAAUAAUAAAAAUAAGCUUUCAUAAACAAAAGCAAUAUAAAAUAAGCUCUAAUUAAGUUGAUUUUAUGAAAUGUUAGCAUCCAAUUUGAUAAGGUGAUUUUAAAUUAAUGUUUUAAACAUUCUGUAAGAUAAGUACUAUUCAUUACAAAAUGUAAGGUAAAGAAUCUCAUAUAAAUACAAAGUAAAAUAUAAAGUUGGCAUUCUUUAUUUAUUAGCUCUUUAUUGUCAUAAUGUUUCACGCCUGUCAGUUAAUGCUACAGAUAUGUGUUUGCGAUACACCAAUGACAUCCAUUUGAAGAAUAAAAUUGUAGAUUUCAUCAUAAA